AUGAUCCGACAAGAUGUUAAUCGAAUUGAUCCGAAGCGGCGGACCAUCAUUGACCCAAAGAAACGUCAAUUCGCCCCCGCAACCUUCAAGCAACAGGACUAUCCUCAUCGGUUGAACAUCUAUGACACGCCUCCAACUGCGGAAAUCACGCUUGAGCAAUUCGAACAAUGGGCCAUCGAUCGACUCAAAAUCUUGGCUGAGAUCGAAGCAUGUUCUUAUCGCAACAAAUCCCCCGCCGAGACCUCGAGCUAUAUCACGCCUCUCCUGCACAAAUUCCUCCCUCUCUCCUCGAACACCUCCUCUUCGUCCGGGUCCGCAGACCAAAGAUUGAAAAAUGAACGCCAAAAGGACCACUACUCCCAUUUCAUCCUUCGGUUGGCCUUCUCUGCCACAGAGGACCUCCGGCGACGGUUCGCCCGUGCCGAGAGCAUGCUGUUCAGGUUUCGCUUCCAGCAAGAUGAUUCCAGGGAGAAGCGCACAUUCAUUGAUAGUCUGAAUCUGGAUUGGGAACCUCUCGGGGAUUUCGAGAAGACGGAGGUUGCCGAGGCUCUGAUGAGUGCCACCCCAGGAUUACGUCGAGUCGACGACGAGACCUGGUACAAGGUCGAUUGGGAGAAAGUUCCUGAACUGAUCGAGAGGCGUUCGGUGUACCUGAAGAAAGGAAAGGCCUAUGUACCCGGACGAGAGCAGAUGAGUAUGAUCCUGGCUGAAUUCACCACUCGUCUGGAGCGUGCGCUCGAGCUCACGAGCCGUGCCCUCCCUCGUUUGGAUGAGGAUGACCGUCUAACGCCAAUUCUGAACCAUCUCUCAAAGAACUUCGGUAGUGCUGAUUCGGUGUAUUCCGAAGGCGAAGGAUAUGUAGAUGGAGCACCUGUUACGGCCAGCUCUAUCGAUCAGCUGGCUCAACAGCACUUCCCCCUGUGCAUGAAGAGCUUACAUGUGAACCUACGCAAGAACAACCACCUCAAGCAUUUCGGUCGACUGCAGUAUACGCUCUUCUUGAAGGGUAUCGGGUUGUCUCUGGAAGAGUGUAUUCUGUUCUGGCGCCAGUCUUUCAAGGGCAAGACCGAUGACGAGUUCAAUUCGCAGUACAAGUACAACGUUCGCCACGCCUACGGUGAAGUCGGUGGUGACGUGAACCGUCGCGGAAAAGGAUACACACCCUAUUCAUGCCAAAAAAUCCUUGGCGAUUCGAAUCCUGGCAUUGGUCAAACCCACGGUUGUCCCUAUCGUCAUUAUUCCGUGGAUAACCUGGUUGGAUUCCUCCAGGCUACUGGUGUCAGUGACAAAGAAGUUCUGCGAGGUGUACGCGAGGAUGUUGGCAAGAUGCGUUAUCACAUCGCUUGCAACCGCGUUUUCGAGGCAACGCACAAGAACGAGAUCAAAAAGGUCAAGGAGGACGGAACCAUGAGCCAAACCGACCUGGAUACCAUCGUUCACCCGAACACUUACUUCAAGCGCAGUUUCCUCCUGAAGCAAAUGUACAAGGGGCCGAAGGAUGCAUGA